AUGCAGCAUUACGGGGUGAACGGCUACUCUCUGCACGCCAUGAACUCGCUGAGCGCCAUGUACAACCUGCACCAGCAGGCGGCGCAACAGGCGCAACACGCACCCGACUACCGGCCCUCCGUGCACGCGCUUACGCUUGCUGAGAGACUAGCCGGCUGCACAUUUCAAGACAUCAUCCUGGAGGCUCGCUACGGGUCCCAGCACCGCAAGCAGCGCCGGAGCCGCACGGCUUUCACCGCCCAGCAGCUGGAGGCGCUCGAGAAGACCUUCCAGAAGACGCAUUACCCGGAUGUGGUGAUGCGGGAGCGUCUCGCCAUGUGCACCAACCUGCCUGAGGCUCGAGUGCAGGUCUGGUUCAAGAACCGCCGCGCAAAGUUCCGCAAGAAGCAGCGCAGUCUCCAGAAGGAGCAGCUCCAGAAGCAGAAAGAGUCCGUGGAGGGAGGUGGUGGAGGAGAGAAGGAGGAAACGACUCCCUCGACCAUCAUCCUCCCCGAUACCCAGAUGCCACCUUCAUCCUCCUCUUCCUCCUCUCUGGAGGCAGAGGGCCCCGUGGUCCGCCCGAUGCCAGUGGAGAUGGAACUUAAUGUCACGUCGGCUGAGCACUCGGGCAGCGAGUCGGCGACAGAGGACAAUGCCACAGAUAAGGAGGAGGAGAGUAAAUCCCAGAGGGAAGAGAUGAAAUGUGAGAGAGGCAUGACACCUGGAAACGCCUCCCCUGCCUGCAAACGACUCAGCCCUAAACCUGGCUCUCCCGUCAUCUCUCCGUCAGUGACCCCCUCCUCUUCCAGCAGUAGCCUGACCGGCGGUCCUCUCUCCCAGAGCCACUCCUAUUCGUCCUCCCCUCUCAGCCUCUUCCGUCUGCAGGAGCAGUUCCGCCAGCACAUGGCCGCCACCAACAACCUGGUGCACUACCCUGCUUUCGACAUCGCUGCUCCAUCUUCGCUUCCCUACCUGGGAAUGAAUGUCAACAUGCCCCCUGCACCGCUGGGCUCCCUACCCUGCCAGUCCUACUACCAGUCCCUGUCCCAUCAUGCCCAACAGGUGUGGAACAGCCCCUUGCUCCAGGCAUCGGCUGCAGGAGGCCUAACCAGCCACAACAGCAAGACCACCAGCAUCGAAAACCUCCGGCUGAGGGCUAAGCAACACGCCGCCUCCCUAGGGCUGGACACAUUGCCUAACUGA